AUGGAGAAACCCAGGCCUCCUGAGGGCUUCUCGCCUCCCUCCCAGCACAGACAGCCACGCAGGUUCAGCCGAGAAGAACUGCAGAAGCUGGAGAGCUUCUUUCAGAGCAACCAAAAACCAUCCGUUGAGGAAAGACAGGACCUGGCGGCCAGUUUGAAAUGCGAGCAGGACCGAGUGAAGUUUUGGUUCAAGAAUCGCCGGGCCAAAGAGGCUAGGUUUCGGAAACAGUCCAGGCUGCAAGGCCCGCAAGCCAAGGCUGCGCCCCAGGACCCCGGACCCUGCCCGCCUCCACCUGCACCUGGGCCUCCGCCUCUGCCUGGGCCGCGGCCUGCACCUGGGCCUCUGCCUGAGCCUAGGCUUCCACCUCUGCCUUCAGUUGUGUCUCCGCCUAGGAGGACUCGGACUCCACCUGUGCCUCCACCUCCACCUCCGCCUCCAUUUGUGUCUCCGCCUAGGAGGACUCGGACUCCACCUGUGCCUCCACCUCCGCCUUCGUUUGAGCCUUGGUCUCCACCUCCGCCUCCAUUUGUGUCUCCGCCUAGGAGGACUCGGACUCCACCUAUGCCUCCACCUCCGCCUUCGUUUGAGCCUUGGCCUCCACCUCCGCCUCCAUUUGUGCCUCGGCCUCCACCUCCGCCUCCAUUUGUGCCUCGGACUAGGAAGCCUCGGACUCCACCUGUGCCUCCGCCUCCAUUUGAGCCUCAUCCUUGGUCUCUGCCUUCGUUUGAGCCUCGGCCUCGGCCUCAACUCGUGUCUCGGCCUCGGCCUCGGCCUCCACCUGCACCUACAGGCCCUGUGUCCCCGAAAAGACCCUGA